AUGCGAUCUUUUGCUAUCAUCGGCGUGGCAUUUGCCGCAUCUGUUGCCGCAUUGACAAUCACCGAGCCUGGUGGCCAGAACAAAUGUGUUGACAUCACGAAGCCAAUCCUUGUCAAAUGGGAGAUCAGAGGAGACCCCGCCGUGAAGGAUGAACUGUCCUUCAACCUUUGGAACGCCAUUAGUCUGUACCCGAACGUCAAUGAUCCGUUCCCUAUUGGGCAGUCACCUGCAUUGCAAGUGAAAUCCUCGGCAGGCGCAUACCUUUUGCCGCCCGUGUCUGCCGCAAAGGCCGAAAGUUACAGAAACAACGCGAACCAAGGACGGAACUUCCAGAUCAAGGUGCCGGAUCCCGAGACCUACAGCAACCCAUUCACCAUCGCGGCCCCGAAUGGAGGAUGUUAG